AUGAAGAAGGAGAAUCUAAGCUGUGACUGUUUAAAAGAAUCGACGCUGGAGGACGUUACCAUUAAACUGUUCCAAGAUUGGAUCACUGCUGAAAAGGUGGCCGCAAACGUUCAGACGGCAAUAAGUGGUGAAAAGUUUGGAUGGAUGCCUCAUUCAGUCAUUGAGGAUGGUGAAGUACGAGCCAGUAUCUUAGCCUCCGAGGCACGGAAAGCAGACCCCAAGAAAACUCAGCCAAAUAUCUUCACAAAGAUCCUCAAUAAAGAGAUUCCAGCCGAUAUAAUCUAUGAAGAUGAUCAAUGUAUAGCAUUCCGUGAUGUCAACGCUGUUGCUCCAACCCAUUUUCUAGUGAUACCCCGGAAAGAGAUACCAGGUUUGAGUGAUGCAGAAGACGAAGACUCGCCGUUACUUGGACAUCUGAUGACCGUAGCCCGGAAGCUUGCUGACAAAGAGCCGUUGGAUGAUGGUUACAGAGUCGUUAUCAACAAUGGACAGCAUGGCAGUCAGUCCGUUUAUCAUCUCCAUAUUCACGUCAUCGGAGGAAGACAGAUGAAGUGGCCUCCGGGUUAAGGUCUCCAUCGGCUUGUCUGUGUGGGAUUCUAAGAUCCAUGGGAGUAUUUCAUUAAACAAAUAAUCAAUGUUUUUUACUGACAACUUUUAUUAGCUACUGGAAUCUUUGCAUUCGAUUGGCUUAGAAUAAAUUAGUUGGUGAAUAUCACAAAUGGUUAUUUUCACUAAAUCUUGUUAUAAGCUAUUGGAGCAAAUCAGUUGGUGAAUAUCACAAAUGGUUAUUUUCACUGAAUCUUGUUAUAAGCUACUGAUAUCCCUGCAUCCGAUUGGCUCAGAACAAAUUACUUGGUGAAUAUCACAGAAAGUCAGUAAGUUUUUCACUGACAGCUGUUAUAAGAAACUGAUAUCCUUGAAUCCGAUUGGCUCAGAACAAAUGGAUAUUUUCACUGAAUAUAGUUAUAAGCUACUGAUAUCCUUGCAUUCGAUUGGCUCAGAACAAAUUGGUGAAUCACUAUUUGCUUCAUGAAAUGCUCCCCAGGAAAGAUUCCAAACUUCAUUUGCAUGGUAAAAGGUACCAUACAAGUCAUACUGGACGUUAAAAAUCAUGCCAUGAUUAAUCAGUGAUACCUUUAUCAUUAUAAAUAAUCAUUUCUUAUAUGAAGAUUAAUCAUUUUUUAUGUGAUGAGCAAUUGUUUCCUAACAUGAUAAGCUGACAUUUAGUGACAAUUUUCAUUUAUCAUUAUAUGUUAAUAAGUUCUUCUAUGGUAAGUAAUUAUUUCAUAAGUGGGGAGUAGAUAUUUAUUACUACUACUUCUAUUACUAUCCUCAUUCAUGCCCUGUGGCACAUAAGGCCUCCAUGCUUUCUUUCCAUUUUUGGCGGUCUCUAGCAUUAUUAUUUGUUAAUUAUUUUUUAAGUGGUUAGUAAUUAUUUUCUUUGAUUAAAAGUGAUCCAUCUGUCUGUGACCGCCACCCCCAAACCAACUGUAAGUUGCUGGUAUUAGAUUUUUUUUUUUUUUUUAGGGGGGGGGGUCACGAAACAUAUUUGUUAUUUGCAGCUGCCUUCUGUAUUAUUUUGCUUUCUAUUUACCUAUCCAUAAUAGAUAGAAAAGUACAUGUAUAUUACUUAGUAGCUUUAAGUAAUCAAAGUACUAGUUGGCAUUCCUACCAAGUAUUUGCCAAGCACCGUUUUUAGAAAAUAGGGGCUUUCUUAGCUUAGAUGGAGUAAUACAGGCCAAUUUCAUUUUCAAUAAAAAAAUCCUUAAAGGAAUUCCAGGUCCCCUCAUCUAACAAAUAUGAUUGAUGCAUCUUAUUCAAUAUUGAUAGUAAGAAGUGAUGUCUUAUUUUGUUAUUCAGACCGCAGGAUGCGCGAAAACCUAUUGGAUGUUGCAAGAAAAUUCCAAAUAAGGCAUAAGUCCUUUGAUUAAAUGUAAUUUCGUUUAUUGACUUUUGAUAAUUGUAACUCAACUUCCUUGCCCCGCCCCCCUUUAAUUGGUGAACCAAACACCCUAAAAGAUGUUAUUUGUUUGUAAAAAGUUUGUUCUUUCUAGCUAAGAUUCUUCAUGAAAGAGAAAUAUGAAGAAAUUCUCAAUUAUUGACAUGUAUGAAGCAUUUGGAUUGCAAUAUUAUAGGAUGAUAUAUUAAAAUGGUGGAAAGUCAAUCAUUACCCAGUAAUUUGUUGAAUUUAUGUUUCUAGCUUGUCACAAUUUUGAACUUGGGUAAUUUCAUUUGUUUCAUCCCAUUGAGAUUACUUAUGCUCAAUCGCAUCAAUAAAUGAUGAAACAAAUUUUGAAUAUAAUAAUA